UCAGGCGUCGACGGGUGAACAGAAGCUCUUCCAUGUGUGGAUAGAAACUGCUCAACUGAUUUAUUACAGCAGGAUUUUUACUUGAAAACAGACUGGAGACCUUAACUUAUUAAAAGUCUGAUUGACAAAGUGGAAGCCUGACCUGCACAUGUACAGAUCAACUGACUGGAUCUCAGACUGGUGUGAAGCUUGGAUGCCUUGUUUACCGAUUUAAAGCCAAAGCAGCGGAUCUCAAAUCUGGUUGGAUUUGAUCAUUGUUAACAAAAAAGAAGACUUACUGAAAGGACUAAUUAACCUAUGUGACAUUCGAUUGGUUAAAUGUACUUGACUGUUGGAAAUUCAUGGUGAUCAACUGAAUGGGUGCCUGCUUUGACACAUUACUGGCAUCCUGAUCAACUGAGGUCCAUCUGAUUGGUUAAUUGAUAAUUAAAGAAGCGCUGCUGGAGCCAUAUUUGCAUCGGGAUGAGCGGAGCAGGGGACGUGGUGUGUGAAGGGUGGCUGAGAAAGUCACCCCCAGAGAAAAAACUGAGGCGCUAUGCCUGGAAGAGGCGCUGGUUUGUGCUGCGAAGCGGUCGACUGAGCGGAGAGCCGGACGUUCUGCAAUACUACAAGAACCCGCAUUCCCGUCGGCCAAUCAGGAACAUCAAUCUGAAUCUGUGCGAACAGGUGGAUGCUGGGCUUUCUUUCACAAAAAAGGAGCUAGAGAGCAGCUUUGUUUUUGACCUCAGGACAGAAGAGAGGAUCUGGUACUUGGUGGCUGAGUCUGAAGAGGACAUGAACCGCUGGGUGACAUCCAUCUGCCUGCUCUGUGGCUUCAACCCUACUGAUGAUGUCCCAGAAAGACCUCUUGUCUCCUCCUCCACCUCUGCAACAUCUAUGACCCCAGUCAGUCACACCACCACCAUCUCUACGAUGACAGGGUUAGUCCCACCACCAUAUGACCCGGUGAGUGUGCGGCACAUGGAGCCUGACCGGAAUUCAGAGGAGGAUUACCUGUGGUUAUCACAAUGCCAGAGUCACAUCAGGGCUCCUUUAGGGUCAUCCACAUCUCUUGAAACUGACUACAAUGACAACCUCUACCCGCCUCCCUCUGCAACCUCCUCCUCUUCUUCUUCUUCUUCCUCUCCUUCCCUCCUCCCCAGCAGCCUUCCAAAUCCAUCCUACUCCUCUUCCUCCUCUUCUUCUGGCUUUAGAGUGGUCCCUUGGACAGUCACUGCAAUGUCAAGCCCUCUCAGCCAGUCUUUAGAUGCCAGCACAACCCCUGACUCCCAGAAUCGAGCUGGCAGACCCCGCUGUCACCCCUCUCCGCAUCCCAGAAAGCACUCCCUGGAUUUUCACCUUCGUCCAGUAGCAAUACCCCUCAGUGAUAACGUGCACUCCAAUGUGCAUCCAAGCACACACUCAUCCACCACUAGUGGUUACCAGAUCCCACGUCCAGUAUGCACUUCACAACCGCCGCCCCCUCGCCGCCCAUCUUCUACCCCUAGUGUGGACUCCCUAACCCAAGCAGAGCUUCAUGCCUCCACCCCAACUCCUCCUCCGCGCCCACCAAAACCUCCUGGCAUUGCAGCCCAAGGAGAAAGCUCAAAGCUUGCCACACUCCCCCGAACUGCCUCAGAGCCAGAGAGGAGGGAUGAGAGUGUGGAUGGAGGAGGACAUCUGCCAAGGAGCAACACCGUCACUACACCAGGAUGCAUGCAUACAAGUAGCGACUCUUUUUACAUCCCUCGGUCUUUGUCUGACAGAGCAAGCAUGUUUGAUUUCAGUGAGAGCUUCAACAGCUAUUUUUUUAACAAAGGCAUGGUCCCUCUGGGUAGUGUCUGUUCUGAAGAUGAUGAUGUGGAUGAAAACUACGUUCCCAUGAGCGCUGCCACCUCUGAGCCACCGGUUGCACCCAGAGUGCCUCCACCCUCAGACCCCUCUGCCCAGCUCCAAGAAGGCAACUACGUCCCUAUGACCCCUCUGACAUCUUCAUUUCCUACACACCCCACCACUGUCAUGACUGACAUGGCAUCUCUCGGGAGGCAGGUGCCUCCCCCUGCGCACAUGGGUUUCCGUAACUCCGCCCUGACUCCCCUUGCUCCUCUCACUCCGCCGCUCAGGAGAAAUACCAUGAACACUUCUGCUGGAGGCGAACAAGAAGCCGUGCCCCCUCCAAUCCACCGCAACCUGAAACCACAACGGAGAGGGGUUUGUGCCAAUCAGCCGGUGGACAGAAAUGAGAGCCAAACUCCUGAGGAGCUGACAAAUAAAACAAGAGUAAAACCAGCUCCUCUGGACAUCUCUUCAGUGCAGCAGGACUGGCAGGAAGUCCCCCCUCCAGUGCGCUCGCCUGUAACACGGACCUUCACCCGUGGACCCUCCAGUCGUCGGACGGUCACGCCGAGCUCUGCUCACAGCUCUUCACCGUCCUCUGAUUCCGAUGACCCAGAUGACAACUAUGUUGCAAUGAUGACCUCUAGCCUCAGUUUCAGCGCCGGCGAGCAGUCUCUGAGACUUAUGAUGCACCGGGCUUCAGAGGGCGGAGUCAGCAGCCCUGUGUUACGACGAGCCAGAGAUGACAAGCAGGUGGAGUACCUGGACCUUGACCUCCACACUGGGCAAUCAACACCAAGCAGACAGAAACGCUGCACUGGAGAAGGUUUAGCCGGGGGCAGUGAGCACGCUGGAGACAGCGAGGAUCAAGCACGAGGCCAACGUACACGUGUGGACUAUGCAGUGGUGGACCCCAAAAGGACCAAGGCCCUGAGGAGCACGCGAGAAGCACGGCAUGCCGGGAGAAUGUCUACGGAGAAGAAUAAAUUAUGAAAAACGCACAAGCACACACUAAAACAGUGUCACAGUUCAAAACAUGCUUGUUAUCCAGGAAAAUAAUAAACAUAACUGCAAUCCAUAGGUGGAUAAAGUGACUGAUGGACUGUUAUAAUCUUAGAAACAUUACGUUAAUAUCAAGUAUCUACUUAGGAAAGUAUUUACAUCCUCAGACUUUUUGGCAGAUCUGUUAAAAUGUGCUUGGGGCAUGCAGGAACCAUCUACAGCCCAGUAUAUCAGCUGAUAUACAUCCCACUGGUAAAUAUCGUAUAGGGCUUAUAUUUAAGUUUCAGCACAGCUAGAAGCCACUUUGUAAACACAGCUCCUCCUUUUCAUGCUCUGUCAUAGAUAAUUAAUAUAUCAUCUGUGGUGAUAGAUACCCAUUCUGAUUUCUACUUUGGGUCACUGCUGAUAGAAGUGAUUUAAAUUAAAUUAAAGUGGCCCUUUCAGUGGGGAUAAAUAGUAAACUAUGGGUUAAUGCAUUUUAAUACAUAUUUAUGGCAUCAGGAUGAUGUACAUCAUGUUGAACUUUCAAAACGUUACCACAAUCUGGCUUUCUAAAGUGUUUUUAAUACAUUUGGACAAUAAAAGAAGCAGAUUAUAUCUGAGGAUUAAGAGUGGGGGGGAAGCUUUCUGAGUAAAAGUGCGUCUUAGGUAAAAUGUUUGCCCACGCAUAGCGUACAUUUCUUCUUCAGGGCCAUAAAGAAUAUAUUAAAGACAUUUUGACUAAAGGAGGGCAUUAAAUUAGACACAUUUUGCUCUUUUUUUCUCUUUGAUAUGUUUUUCUUUUUGUAGCAUCAGAUGCACACUACCCAUCAGGCUUUAAAUACACAACAGAUUACUCUGGAUUUUUUUUUUUUUUUUUAACAAAGGUAUGUUAUUGAUGUGAAUGCCUUGAUUGGCAGGUCUUGCAGUUAGUCAUACAAAGCGGUUGUCAUUAAAACAUGAAUAUCAGAUAGUUUAACUAAGUUAUUAUAUAAAAUGUACAGUAGUUUAUAGUAACAGUUCCUUUUUUAUUUCCUCUCCACACUACAAAACCACACCACACUACCACAUUUUAUAGUUAUUUUAUAUAAAAUGAAAAUCUUUCCUUGGUUAUUAAAACCUUCAAAUUUCCAGAAAUCAAAGUCACAUUUGCAGAAAUAAAGGACAUGACCCUGUUCUCUAAGAUGACUUUCAGUGACAUCGUAGAAACCCUUAGAAAAGGCAAAUAUUCUUUGAAUUUUAGAGUUUAAAUCACCAGCAGGCAUUUGAAGAUAAAAAAAAAAUCUAAAAAUAGAAAUGUAUGUUAAGCAACACAAUGUCAUAUUAAUGUUCACACAUAUGCGCGGAUGAUCUGUCAAAGGAUGGUAAUGAUUCGACACAAAACUGCCACUUUCAAAACCACAGGUUGACUUGUCAGAGUUUUUGGAAAGCCCGUUUUUACUGAAUGAAUAACUCCACACUUUGAAUAGAAGGCAGGGCAAUGAGGAAAUGCAGUCUUACUCAGAUCCUACAUAAGCAAAAAAGAAUAUAACAGCUGCUUCUCUAGAGCACUGUAACUUCAUCAUCUACGUCUAUUCAAAACAGGUCACAGCAUUACUUAUUUCUCCAGGGUAGUUUUUGCUGCACCGUAAUAAAAGUAAGGUUUCAGUUUUGAUUUAAAUCUACUGAGAAAAACAGUUUGACUUGUUUUGUGCUGUGAUAUUUUUUUAAGCCAAAAAUCUCUGGUGACUUUAAUUUUGUAUGUCUAUGUUAAGUUUCCCUAACAACAUGAUUAGUUAGAUUUGCUCCUCUGAGGGAGUGAUAAACGUGGCGGGAAGUUUGUGUUUUCCUUGUGACUAACACACAGUUAUUGUCCAGUGUAUUCAUCAUCGCGAUGUGAAGCCUUCUGUCAGAUCCUGUCUGUCCAGAUGGAUAUAAUCUGUUAAUGCUGAAUUAUGUGAUCGUAGUAAGAAUGGAAUAAACACUAUACAUCACUA